AUGGCAUGGUUCAAUCCGAUAUUACUGCCUGAGAUCUCAUGCGAUGCGAUAGCAUCUACAACCUCCAUCACGCUGCCCAAUGGGCGCAAAUACGACCAGCCGACUGGUCUUUUCAUUAACAACAAGUUCGUCCCGGCCACGGGCGACGAAUUCACUGUUUUUGAUCCUGUAAAAGAGGAGGAGAUCAUCAAGUUGCGUGGAGCCUCCACUACCGAUGUCGAUGAUGCCGUUGUCACAGCUCGACGCGCUUUCGAGGGAAAGUGGUCCGAAUUAGCUGCCAUCGAUCGAGGGGCUUUCCUGUACAAAAUUGCAGAGCUCAUUGAUCGUGACCGAGAGCUAAUUGCCGCCAUCGAUGCCGACGACAACGGCAAGGCUUACACUGCUGCACUUGGCGGGGAUCUCGAUGAGUCCUACAAUGUCUUCCGAUACUACGCUGGCGCUGCGGAUAAGAUUUCCGGACGUACCAUUGAGACCACUCCUGCGAAGCUGGCCUAUGUACUCCAAGAGCCUCUUGGUGUCUGUGGUCAAAUUAUUCCCUGGAACUUCCCUUUCAUGAUGCUCGCAUGGAAAGUUGCCCCAGCCCUCGCUUGCGGAAACACCGUCAUCCUCAAGCCCGCGGAGCAGACUCCUCUCUCAGCACUCUAUUUUGGUAACCUUAUCAUCGAGGCUGGCCUUCCUGAAGGUGUUGUUAAUAUUGUGCCCGGUAUCGGGUCCGUUACUGACAAAGCAAUCUCUAGCCAUAUGGGAAUCGAUAAAGUUGCCUUUACGGGUAGUACCGCCACUGGCCAGGCUAUCAUGAGAGACGCGGCAAGCAACUUGAAGAAUAUCACGCUUGAGUGUGGUGGUAAGAGCCCCUUGAUUGUGUUCGACGAUGCCGAUCUCGACCUGGCCGUUAAAUGGUCUCACUUUGGAAUCAUGGAUAAUAAGGGCGAGGUCUGCACCUCCACAUCCGGAAUCUACGUCCAGGAGGGUAUUUACAAAGAAUUUUUGGAGAAGUUCGUUCAAGCCACGAAAGAGAAUGAGAAGAUCGGGAAGCCCUUUGACGAGGAAACUUACCAAGGACCCCAGGUGUCCAAGGCCCAGUUUGACAAGGUUCUGUCGUACAUUGAGCAAGGUAAGAAGGAGGGUGCAAGACUUCUCUGUGGAGGUACCCAGCAUGGGGAAAAGGGAUAUUUCAUCAACGCCACCGUAUUUGCAGACACUCGGGAAGACAUGAAAAUCGUACAGGAAGAGAUUUUCGGCCCAGUUGUCGUCAUUUCCAAAUUCAGUACCGUCAAGGAAGCCAUUGACAAGGCGAAUGAUACAUCAUACGGCCUAGCGGCUGCCCUCUUCACAGAAAAGAUUGCCAAGGCGCAUAUUGUGGCGCGGAAGCUGCAGGCGGGCAUGGUGUGGAUCAAUUCUUCCGGUGAUUCCCACUUUGGAAUUCCGUUUGGAGGUUACAAGUCGUCCGGUAUUGGUCGUGAACUGGGACAGUAUGCUUUGGAUGCGUACACGCAGUCGAAAGCGAUUCAUGUGAAUUUGGAUGUUGAAAUAUGA